CUCGGACGUCCCAUCUCACCACUUGCGCUGUUCGAAGUUCGACAGGCAACAUCAAGUUUGUACAACCUGAAUGGAACUUGCAACUCUUUUUGGAAACAACUUCAGAAAGAAAAGAAAGAGUAUGUAACCGAGCGAUUGUUUCUGGAACUACAGAAAAGGUUAUUACACUGCGUGCGGUUGACGACAUUGGCCCCUUCUUCGCGCGACCCCCCGAGUCUCCAAACAGUACCUCCAGUCUCCAGUCUCCAGACCUCCAGGCUCUGACCCCAACAUUGGAUCGCUGCCCGUCUCCAGACUCCUCCGGCCCCAGUGUAUGUAUGUAGCUCGCUGCUUCUCGAUCUUCCCCAAAAAGUUCCCCAACCGGAUCUCGGCCAACAAAUCAUACAAACCUAACCUAACGGGAAACAAGCCAUAUCCACGUAACCGUUCGUUUCUCCUGCGCCCGCUCUCUUUUGCGGCUUUCAGUCCAACCAUCCUCGCCAUCCGCAAUAAUUCCCCGUCACAGAGCAACCGAACAGCUUUCGGUCGCUGCGCAACACCAAACCUCGGCCGGGCAACGAACGCCCCUCCCGUACCCUGCAGGCCACCCCAAGCCCAAUCCCAAUCCCACGUCCGACGGUUUUUGUUCUACAGUAGGGGGCCGCACGGAAUUGACUACCAUACAUCAUCGAUCGAUCUUUGCUCGAAUAAACCCACCGUCCCCGCUGUCGCCGUCACACAGUUUGCAACUGCCACUGGGCGCGGCUCGCAUUGGCGUCCUUCAUGGCUUUCCCCGCGCUGGCAAGAUGAACUCCCUAAACAUCAUCUCGGCCCGAGUAUCACCAACGUCCAGCCCGACCCCGUCUCGAUCGAACUCUAUAAGCGCACUCAGUCUAGCCCACCAUCUUAGCAGCAAAGAGGAGGACGAUCACCAUGGGCCGCGCAGCAACGAUGAGCUGUUGGGUCUAGCCAACAAAAACAACACACUGUCAGAAGAGCCCGAGGACAAGGAGUCGGCUGCACAAGGGGGAUACGAUGGACAGCACUACGAUCCCGACGAGAAGACUCCUCUGCUAGCCCAAGAUCAGCCCAAGUCGCCGACCACAUGGGCGUCCCUCCCGAAGCGCUUCGCGUUUGCCAUUGUCGAGUCUAUACGCUGGCUGCUCAUGACGAUCGCUGCGCCUGGCCUCUACUUGGUCGCUUUGUUCUACGAUGCCGAGGGCAACUUUGCGCCUACCAAACAAUUACGGAAACUCUUUGGUCGAUAUGGAGGAAACGCGAAGGAAAUGGCUGUGGAUUACCACGAGGCAGCUGCCCUCUCUGACGCCAACCUGGACGGGGCCGGUAUUGGAGGAAGCAUUCGCAAGUCACGAAAGUCUCGCCUCCGUUCUAGCGGCUCCUCAUCGUCAGGACUCUCGUCCGAGUCCGAGUCGGAGGUGGAAAGCCGGACAGGUAGUAGCAGCAGCGGACGACGUCUUAAAUCGAAAUCAUCCCAAGACUCUGAAGAAAUCGCACCGGCACGACGCUCCAUAAGAAUCAAGCUUCACUCGGACGCCGACUCCCUACGACAGCGCAAACAGCGAAAGGACCGCUCCUCCGCCUCCGGCCGAUCUACCACUAAUAGCGACGGCAACGGCGGGUCCGGCCAGCAAAACCUUAGCGUCCCCGGCAACGACAUCUCGGCCCAGCUCAAGUCACCCACGUCGCCCGUCGGUGCCCUGACCAAGUACCCCAAGACGCCGGCGCCCCCAAGGCCUCUGAUCCCCAAGCGCCAGCCCUCGUACAAGAUCAGCGCCGUCGACCCAGCCAACCUCAAGCACCAAAAGACGCUCAUCCUCGACCUCGACGAGACCCUAAUUCACUCCAUGUCCAAAGGCGGCCGCAUGUCCUCGGGCCACAUGGUUGAAGUGCGACUGAACACGACUUAUGUGGGCGUGGGCGGGCAACAGACCAUCGGGCCGCAGCAUCCCAUCCUCUACUACGUGCACAAGCGCCCCCAUUGCGACGAGUUCCUGCGACGCGUUAGCAAGUGGUACAACCUGGUGGUGUUCACGGCGUCGGUGCAGGAGUAUGCGGACCCCGUGAUCGACUGGCUGGAGAGCGACCGCAAGUACUUCUCGGCCAGGUAUUACCGGCAGCAUUGCACGUUUAGACAUGGGGCGUUUAUCAAGGAUCUGAGCUCGGUGGAGCCGGAUCUGAGCAAGGUCAUGAUAUUGGAUAAUAGCCCGUUGAGUUAUAUGUUUCAUCAGGACAAUGCGAUACCCAUACAAGGCUGGAUUAGCGACCCGACAGACCUCGACUUGAUGUACUUGAUACCGUUCCUCGAAGGUCUGCAGUACGUGUCGGACGUGAGAGCCCUGUUGGCUUUGAGAGACGGAGAGGAUGGGCAGCAUACGGCUUAAUGAGUUUAUCUUUGAAUUUCUGCUUGCUUGUUUGUUUUUUAUUUGAUUGCCUUUGCGGACUGUAUGAAAGUGGGGAGAUUACUAGUAUUAAGAAAGGAGAGAAAGGGAGCACGAGCGAGAGAGAGAGAAUAAGCAACCAAGAUAUAUACUACAUGUGGACAGCAUUAUUACACCACGGGACUAUUAGAGAUGAGGAACAGCGAAGUAGUGUAAUCAUGGCCUGGUUUCCUUUUUCCUUUGCCUCGGACUGUUAUAUCUCCCGCUUAUCGCUGGCAACUUGUAUGAUUUUGAAAAGCCAACGAGCUGUUACCCAGAUCUGGUAUUUGCAGGACAACUCUGAGAUCCUUCCUCCCUCCCACUCGUUCACUCCGCUGCAAAGAUCGCCGCCUGUUUUCGAAGAGUUCUCCUGCAUGAACAGAUCGAGGAUCUUUUGAGCUGACACAUGAUACUAUCCAUACCUUUUACACGAAGACGUUCGGACUGCAUUUCUAACAAUUCGAUUGCGCAGGAUAACAAAAAGACAAAGAUGGGAAUGACGAAAAUCUGGACUCAACGGUCCCACUAGGGGGGUAUUUGCUGAUUUCACAAUCCGGAACUCUAAAUCCAGGGAUCUCAGAAGACCAAGAGGGCCGGAUCAAACUCAUCAUAUUUUGGCUUCGUAGCUUCGUAGCUAGUACUAGUGUAGCUAUUCCUGAUAGUUCAUGGAAGCUGGCCGGCGGCUGUGGACCGUUCAGUGUGUGGUGUAGGUAACAAGAU